AUGGCUGCCGCAACCUCCUCAACGAGCGCUUUUGCCAUUACGAAAGGCAAGCUCCUGCUUCUUGUCUCAUUGGCUAUUACAUGGUGGUUCGCCCACAUCCUCCCGGGCUACCAGCCCAUGAUCAAGGCGCAAUUCAGGUCACGAUUGGAUGAGGCGAGGCAGAAGAUUCCCAAGAUCAAGGUCGACUGGAAUCCGACCGACGACCCGAGGGCUCGAUACAAUGCGUCUAAGCUUGCGCUCAUCAUCGAGCCUCGUCCGCUCCCUCACCUGGUUCCCCAGCUGCUGCAUAUGACGUCUGUCGUGCCUCCUGACUGGAGAUUCCUGUUCAUCGGCUCCAACAAGAGCACCGUAAGCAUCUCUCGGAGCUACGGCGUCAAGCACCAGCAGAUCAUUGGCAAGCUGGACUUGAUGGUCCUUCCCGAGCCUUGGUCGAUCGAGUCCAAGGAGCACAUUUACCGCCUGUUGACCGACCGACGUUUCUACGACGAAUUCCUCCCUGGCGUGGAGUGGAUCCUCAAGUUCGAGUCGGACAGCAUCCUGUGCUCCAACUCUCCGACGAGUCUGAAUGAAUGGUUGGACUGGAGCUGGGCUGGCGCGCCCAAAACGCCCGACGACCGUUUCUCAGGUAACGGCGGUCUUUCCCUCCGUAGAGUAUCCUCUAUCAAGAGGGUAUUGCAAUUCCAGGAAAGAUAUAACAACACAGAAGCAGAAGAUGAGUGGUAUGGCAAGAGACUGUGGGUGAUGCAGGGGGAGAAGGUGGCGCACGGGAAGAAGGGCGCCCUCGCCGUUGAAGAGGUGUACAUGGAGAAGCCGAUGGGAUACCACAUUCCCGACGGCGGCAAAAACCUUCCCGACAAAGUCUGGAAGAACCCGACCCAGCGCAAGAAGAUCUUUGACUACUGUCCCGAGGUCAGCCUGAUCAUGGACAUGAAACUCGAACGCGAACGCUGCGACGGCGACAACAGAGAAGGAGGUAUAGGUCCCACCGACGCAGAGAAAGAGCAGGCAGAAAAAGAAGCUAAGCAGAAGGCCGAAGAACAGGCAAAAGCAAAAGCAGAGGAGGACGAGCGUCGUAAAAAAGAAGGUGAGGCAGAGGCCGCACGACAAGCAGAAGAGGAGCGCAAGAAGCAAGAGGAGCAGCAGAAGCAGCAAGAGGAGCAGAGGAAGCAGCAAGAGGAGCAGCAGAAGCAGGAGCAGCAGAAGCAAGCCGAAGGCGACGCCCAGAACAAACCAGCUGACACCAAAGCAAAUGGACUAGACGACCUUGACGAAAAUGACCUCGACGAAAUGCUCAAGCUCGACUACGGUCUGGGGGGCGACGGCUCCUCUCCGUCCGGCCCGGGAUCCACUGACGACGCCGACGCUAAGGCUAAAGCGAUGGCUGAAGAGGCGAAAGCGAUAGCCGCCGCGAAGGAGUCGGGAAGCACUCAACCACUCUAA